CUGAACUGCAGCCCGCCCCAGCGGGGUUGGGCCGGCGCUGACGGGGAGCUGGCGCUCCUGUCGUGCCGCGCCGCGGUGUCUCGCAUCCCUUUAAAUCCGCCUGGCUGACAAGGCACCCGCGAUCCUUCUGGAAGAGCGCUGUGGAUCUUGCUUUCCUCGUCCGGUCACCAUGGUUGCAUCGCGAGUGCUCGAUUCCGCUUGACUAACUACAGAUAUCUGGUGGUCUUACUGAAGAAGGGAGGUUUCCUUGUCGCCGAGGUUCAGUUAUGGGGUGCUGAUUGUAGGAAAAUUAUCCGGUUCUUAGUGCUGCUUUCACCUGUGGAAGUCUCUACCCUCCCAAAUAUUUGCUGUUGUUUAUAAAUGUACAUCCUGUACAGAAUAAAGGAGCAGGCAGGGAAUCAUUGACGUGUGACAUGUUACCUGUUAGAGAAGGGUUGAAAUCGACUCUGUGAGACACUGUAGUUGUACAAGAGACUCAUGGACUGUUAUCACAAAUGAUAAUGUGGGGACGCUGGGAUAAGGCGUAAUGAUUUCAAUUUAGCCGAGACAUUAAAUAGGAUUCUUUACCAAUUUUCUUAUUGUAGCUUGGUAUGUGCCAUGUCUAGCUUCACUUGAGACCCUCCAAGAAUUAUGUAGGAAGGAAAAUCUCAGAUGUAAAUCCAUUGGAAUCACCAACAGGAGUCUAAAGAGUUAUGAGGUGGAAUAUUUGUGUGACUACAAGGUAGAAGAGGGCACAGAAUACUAUCUUGUGAAAUGGAAAGGAUGGCCAGAAUCUUCAAAUACUUGGGAACCUCAGAAAAACCUGAAAUGCCCAUUGGCUCUUCAAAAUUUUCUUAGUGACAAGAAUGAAUACUUGUCUCGGGUGAGAGAAGGCAAAGCACUGAAAGUGAGAAACCAUGUUAAAGCUUUGAAACCUGCAGUUGCAGAUUACAUUGUAAAGAAGGCUAAGCAAAGAAUAGCUCUGCAGAGAUGGAAAGAAGAACUCAACAGGAAAAAGAAUCAUAAAGCAAUGAUUCUGGUAGAAAACACUGUGGAUCUCGAAGGCCCUCCUUUAGACUUCUACUACAUUAAUGAAUAUAAACCUGCUCCGGGGAUAAAUGUAAUAAAUGGAAUAACGACUGGCUGUGAAUGCGCUGACUGCCCCGCUGAGAAGUGCUGUCCGAAGGAGGCUGGAUUUAUUUUGGCUUACAAUAAAAAAAAGAAGUUGAAAAUCCAGCCUGGCUUGCCCAUCUAUGAAUGCAAUUCAUUUUGUAGGUGUGGGCCUGAUUGCCCUAAUAGGAUAGUACAGAAAGGUACACCGUAUUCUCUUUGCAUCUUCAGAACUAACAAUGGCCGUGGUUGGGGAGUAAAAACCCUCCAGAAAAUUAAAAUGAACAGUUUUGUGAUGGAAUAUGUUGGAGAGGUGAUUACAAGUGAGGAAGCAGAGAGACGAGGCCAGUUCUAUGACAACCAGGGAAAUACAUACUUGUUUGAUUUGGACUAUGACUCAGAUGAAUUUACAGUAGAUGCAGCUCGAUAUGGAAAUGUGUCCCACUUUGUGAAUCACAGUUGUGAUCCAAAUCUUCAAGUGUUCAAUGUGUUUAUUGAUAACCUCGACUUGCGUCUUCCUCGAAUAGCACUGUUUUCUACACGAACCAUCAAGGCUGGAGAAGAGCUAACCUUUGACUAUCAGAUGAAAGGUUCAAUAGAUCUGACUUCAGACUCUGCUGAUGGUCUUAGCCCAUCCAGAAAGAGGAUCAGAACUGUCUGUAAAUGCGGAGCUGUGUGUUGCAGAGGCUAUCUCAACUGAGUUCGGGUAUCCAAAGUCACAAGUACUUUGUUCUCUUUUAAAUGUGUUUUAAGAGGACUCUUCUUUCAUAUAUAUUCAAGUAUUCUGAAAUCUAAUGUAAAUAAGUACAGUGAAAACAAAGCGUUACAUUUGUAUUUGAAAUGGCAUUGGCCAAAGAAAGAUAUGUAGUGUUUUAGACAAAUACAGAACUGAUAAAGGGGAUUAAAAGUUUAGGGUUUUUUUAGAAUUCUUAUUUAGGAAGCAGUAAAAUGUAUGCUAAGAAAGCUCUUUAAAAUGUACCUUGAUUUGAAUAUUUGAAUGUGAGCUUAUAGCCAUAGGCCUUUUAGGAGCCGAUUUCAGUAGGAUGAAGUGAUGUUAUGUAUUUUUUUAUACCUUGAAAAGUCUGGAGGCAUUUAAUCUGAAUCCUAAAAUAUAGCUGACAGUUCUUUUGCUUUUUUGAUGUAUAAAGAAAAGCUUCAAGAGAUCAGCAAUAACAUUUAUGGCAUGGGAGUGAGGGAUUAAAGACAGUGUCUAAAUGAAGGUUCACUGGAACGCAAAUUGUAAAAUGUCCACUGAACUCCACACAAGUAAAGUAAUUGGUUUUAGCAGAUUCCAGAUGUAAGGUCAAGGUCUCAAACGUUUUUAGCCGAUGUUAUGUUAUUUAGAAGUUUUACACGUAGAAGUUUUUUUGGUUGUUAUGUUCUGAUUUGUAGUUAGGAUGCUAUAGGAGGUCUGCAGAGAAUUUGUGACUAUCGGUAGUACCAUGUGCAGUUUCUUUUCAUUGCAGAAAUUUGGCGGUCAUUGCUGAAACUAACCACUGGCUACAGUUUGGAAAUAGAUAACAAAAGAACAGGGAGAGCAGCCCAUUGUCUAACAAAGUCAAUGCAUUACGGAGAUAUGCUCACUUCUCUUUUAGGUGCAAAAAUACCCUGGGAAUUGAUUUGUAUUCACAACUAUUCUUGAUUAAGUUUUUACAUACUGUGACUUUUUUUAUCUAGUGACAGACUUGAAAGAUACUAGGACUUUUUUCUUGUUGCAAAAAUGUUAACUUCAGUGAAGUUAGACUAGAGGGGAGUUUACCCAUUUUGCUGUAGACAUUUGUAAGAUGUUCUUGAAUGUAAAGGCUGAGAAAUGUACUGUUCUUCAGUUACUUGAGUCUUUUUUUUUGUCCUGAUCAUCUUAAAAGUUGUCUUGAGCUAUUCAUAAUGUAUGCUAAGUUUUACUUGGCUUCAGAAACACUGAAGAGCAGUUGAGGUAGGUUAUAAGUGGAGUUAAAGCCAAGGUCCGUGCUCCAGCGAUAAUCUAAGCGCUUUAUUCUCAUGGAUUAAAAGCUUGUGAAACUUGCAUAUUGCUUACAAAUCAUGUAAACGUUGAUAGCGUCAGGCAGAAUAAAAUGCUCCAUAAAUGGAUGCUAGCUAUGUAUCAUAGGUCAGCGUUACCUUUAUAAGGUGCACAGCUGUUGGCUCAGGUGAAUGAAAUCGAGUACCCAGCAUGUAACAGUUUACUUAAUUUGUUAGAAAAUGCCUUAAAUUUAAUGUUAAUUACUAGCACUCCAAAAAGUGUUUCAAAGGAUAGUACAGGUUGGUUAUUCAUUAAGAAGCACAGUUGCAUUUGCACUGAAGAUCUGGCUCUUUGGCAGAAAGUGAAAUUUUAUAUGCUACUAGCCAAAAUCAGUUUCACAGGUGGGGUGAGGAGUGUGGGCCACUGAAAGUGCUGUGUACGUUUUGUAAUCUACAAUACAGAUAUACACCUUGAAAUAAUUUUAAAAAUUAUUAUUAUUUAAUGAAAAAGUUCGCUUAGAUUUAAAAGUCUUUGACGUUACCAGGCUCACCUAUAUCCACACACUUGGAUAAAUCCUGAAUCUAGUCAACUUUUACCAUGCCCCAUCUCUUAAUUUUUUUUUUUAAACAUAAAUUUGAAGUGGAAUAUGGAGCUUUAAUUUAAGUUAACAAACUCCAAAUGUUCUUACAGCACUUGGAGUCAUUAGUGCUUUCUCUUGCAUGUAGCCCGGUUCAGCGAUGCAUUCCACGUGGAUGGAGUCUGCAGCCUCCAGCUCCUUAAUCCACUGCAGUCCGCGGCCUUCCUGCCGGUACAGGAGGGUGAGGGUGGCUGUGGCAAGAAAUGGAUUCCUGAACAAAGCGGUUUCUCUGGCCUCUCCUGUGCAGGGCUGGUUCGACACUCUUUUUGUUUAUCUGUGUUCAUGCCCAGUUUCAUUUAAAUAUCGCAAGUAAACACGUUUUAAAAGAUAAAAGUCUUAGUAGUUGUACUUGAGUUCAGUAUCUGCCUUUUUCCCGAGGCAGUGUAUGUUACCACCCUAUGUUCUUUAAGGAUAUGUGCGUUACCUCGAGCGCGAUAAAUAAAGGACCGUUAAUUUACGUUCUGGGAGGUAACAGUAUUUUGUGUUUAUUUGAAGCAAACCCAUGUAUCCAGUUUCGAGCCUUGAACAGUAUUUUGUAUUUACGUAUUCACAGCGCAUCUGGAUUGCAGUCAUGGAAUUAGCUUAAUGGCACACCGUGUCACUUUUAAAACUUUCUGCUUUUUCUAUGAGUUCGGGGGAAAAUUGCCAAAUGAGAAAAAGGAGACAAAGAUUAUUUUCAAUUCCUUAAAGAGCCUAAACCAGCCCAGCUUCUGCCUUUGUUUCGCUUUGCGGUCUGUUAGCAUCAUUAGGGCCACCACUUCAGUUGUGUACAUGCACUUCUUGGAGACUGGUAACCUGUGAUCUAUCCUCUAGCUGUUCUUUUUUGUUGGGUUUAAUUCUGGGAAGUUUUUUUGGUAGCAAAACUGAAGCUGCAAGCUCUCCUGUAAGAAAAGCUAUUGUCUAUUUAUUUAAUCUCAAAGUUAAGUCAGUCUUUUGGUUAUUUCUAAUGUAUAUUUUAGGACUGUGUACAUUAGAAUAUGCAGUUUGUAAGCUCAGGAACAUUUUCUCUUCAUAAUGUGUGAUCUCUAGUAUUGCUAUCUUCCUAUAGUUUUUGAUAAAAUAAAUUAAAUUUAGUUUU